AAGUCAUCAUCAUUGCAUCAACCGAUCAGCUUAAUCAAUAACCUCCGACAAAAGAGAGACACUAGAUUAAUCGAGAAUUUAAACGCUGCGUUAUUGAGAGGUCAUCGCAACCUGUUGUUAAAGGCUAUAAUCCAGGCUUCAUAAGUACCACAGUAUGUGAUUGUUCAUACAUUAAACUAAUGUUCAUGUGAUUCGCCCCAUCAAAACGAGACACCUUCAACAUACAAGAUGGUUCACAAGCCACUGGAGGAAUGGCUUGGGAUUCUAUCCCCAAGAUUACGGAAGUUGUUGGAUGUCGCGAAGUCAAUGGCCUGGCCAUUUGUACCCGAAGAGUGGCAAUAUAUUGAUGACGAAAACCUUACUGAAGAACAAACGGUCAAUCUAAAAGACUUGAUCCUUUCUAAAAAUGCCAUCAGGGAUGACUUAAAAGAAUGCGACGUUUUAAUGGAAUGUGUUGAUUCAGCUAUAGACAGUGAUGACUUUCCGACUGCAGCAGCAGCACUGUUUCUUAUAGACAGGUUUAUGUACUGGUUUGGCGGAAGUCCUACUUUGCUACGGCUGAUUGCCACUAUAGAGGAAAGUAGUCCCGACACGCCUAUAGCACCACAGAUAAUGAUACGCAAGGCGAGAGUGAAAAAAGAUCGAGGUCAACUCCAGGAGGCCGAGAUAAUUCUUAAUAAAAUAACCAACACUUGUAAAGGUAAAUGGGUGUACCAGGACGAACACCAGUACAACUUAGUAUGUGCAGUCUGUGUGCAGAUCAAGGGCGUCAUACGCUAUAAUCUCGGUCUGUGGCAUGAGGCAGCACACUACAUUCUUGACUCCAUCAUCGGCUACAACAGUCUCCCCAUACCAGACAAGAAAGGAAUAUCCUCCUCUUUGGGAAUUCUUUCUGAGAUCUACAAGAAUAUGUCACCAGCGACGUUCGCUAUGCUUAAACGGGAGUACAAUCUCCAGAACUGUGUGUGGCAUCCCCUGUUGGAGGGGUACUCCAGUGGGAAGGAAGCCGCAAGGUUGGGGAGACACGAGAAACUCUACUUCUGUCGACAUCUUAGAAGGGCAACAAUAAACCUCUGGCUUUACAUUAGUAUAAUAUCUGGACGUAACACUGAUCAACAACAGCAGCUACAACAAACGUCUUUCCAACAGGCGCUUGCAGAUAUCAUCAGAAGCUGUGAAAAGUUUAAAGACUUGAAUGACUUCACCAGCAAGGAACAGGCCUUUGAGAUGGUUUCAGCAGUAUUCUAUGUGUAUCUAACGUUAAAAAGUAUUAAUGAACAUCAUGAAGAUGCUAUAUCAAUAGAACAACGCAAGAGUAUUGAGGAAGUAGAACGUUUUGGAGAAAUAUGCGUUGUCUUGUACCAGGACUUAUGUACAACAGAAUCUCCAUUUAGGUUUUCUGACAGAGCACAAGAUAUGAUCAUUGAAGCUUUUCAUCGUAUGGGCCACAAAACGUUUCACAAUAGAGACACAGAAGGGACAGUAAAAUGUUUGGUUCCAGUUAGUGAACCAAGGCCAACUGACCAUUUUGCAUACCCAUAUAGAGCUGGUGCCGAUCUUGAUGUUGAAUUUAACCAAUUGAGUAUUAAAGGCAGCAACACAAGUGAUGGUGUUGAAACUGUCAUGGAGAAACGUGUUGCUGAUUCAGAAAAUAAGAUAGGUGUCGCUGAUCCAUCAGCUACAACAGUGAGCAGUACAUCAGACUAUAUUAUCUCUUCAGAUGAAUCCAGUGCUACAAAUACUACAAAUGAAUCGGAUACUAGCUCCAUACAUACGAAAAGUACUGAUGAAUCAAGUCUUAGCUCUGGUUACACUUUCAGCAGUGCUUCAUCAUCCCUGAGCUCAGUAGACAAAUCUCAUAAAGACAUACCUAAACUCCAACAUGGUUCUUCCGAACCUUUUAGUCAAGAUAGUCAUGCGCAAGUCAAACCCGACUCUGUUGAACAAGACUUUUUGGAUGGAACCAUCGAUCCUGCCUCUAUUGAUGUCAAUGACGAUCUAGAGGUGUCCGCAGAACGCUAUGGUCUGUAUAGCUUGAAUAUCACAGCUGAUGAAGCCAAAAUGGUACAGCGAGGUAGCAUAGAUGGAGCAAUAAAAAUGGGUGUCAGUCGGGCAAUUCUGUGGAAGUAUAACCCCGAGGAAAGUAUGUGGUCAACCCAACCUACGUUGCUGUACGUAGGGGAGGAGAUAAAAGUAGCCACCAAGGGGGCACAACGAGAUGUCUACAAUGUGCAGUAUCUGGAACAAGAGGAGCCUUUGUCGAGAUAUGCUGGAAAGGUGUACCGUGUGAAACGCCCGAUACGCCAAUAUCAACAAGAUGUGGUGUGUCAAAUGACUGCAAGGUACUACACGGCACUGUUUAAUAAAGCUCUUCUUGCCAGCCUUCAACUGGGAUCGACAAAAUCCAGAGAGACUCGAGUCACAUCCACUCAGAUCCAGUUCCUGCCAGUUGUUCACGUGCAAACAAUAACAGAAAAUGGAGAACUUGGGGGCUAUAUGAACAUCGAGCCAUUCGUAGAUGAGACAUUCAUAAAGAUCACGAACAACGCAACGUAUAGAAAUGUUAAGCUUGAUGAUGGUCUCGCUACCGCGUUUUCGCACUUCAGUUACGUUGAGUCUGGGGGCAAAUUGAUGGUGGUUGACCUCCAGGGUUGGCUUGGUAAAGACAACGAUGCAGUCGUACUGCUAACCGACCCACAAAUCCAUUCUGAGACGUUCACACAUUUUGGUUCGUCCAAUCAUGGGAAACGAGGAUUCAAAGCAUUUUGGGAAAAGGUUCACCCUGAGUGCAGCCAUGUUUGUAAACAAUUGGGUAUAGACACAAAACGUGGACAUUAAAUGAGUUAACUUGAAGAAUACCAGAAUGAUGAAUUACUGUAGCCAGUACAUUGUUUCGCUCAAAAUGCAGCAAUGGUCUAUUGAAAAUACCAGUUCACCAAUAUUAUAAGUUAUUGAAUGAUUGAAUUUCUGUAUUGGCAUGAGACG